UCUUUCUUAAUUGAUCUGUCUUUAAUCCCAGGAGAACAAAUCUAUGAGCAGCUGAAGGAGAAAGAGGAGAAGAGGAAACCUAAACCGAAUAAACAAAAACCACGGAGAGAAAGUAAUGAAUCUACAAUGACAAAUACUGGGAAAGAUGUGGAUCAGGCACCCAAGAAAAGAGUUAAAAAGGGCAAGCAUCAUGUUGAAACAGAAUUACCAAAGUUGCAUGUCCCUAAAAAAAGAGUCAGAAAGCCAAAAACAGUAGAACUGACAAGCAACAACAUAAGUGAAGAACUUGCUGACCCAGAAUUCACCUGUCCUAUAUGCAAUAUCCAAGGUCAUACCAGUGAUGAAGAGAGUGGGAUUUUCUGGGUUGGCUGUGAUAAUGCAAGGUGUAGCAGGUGGUAUCACCGAGAGUGUCUGACUCAUGACCAGCAUGCAGAUGUUGACUUGAGUCUACUCACUGGUGGUACAUGGCAUUGUCAUCUGUGCCAAAAUGAUGGCAUUCUACAUUCAGAAGAUAUGUCAUGUACCACAUGCACCCAUGAAGUACUUUGCCAAGUCUGCAUGCUGUCAUGCACUGCGAUCGAAAUUCGUGAUGGCAUUGAUUUGUUCUGGAUUAACUGCAAGUGUGGGAAGUCAUAUCACAAGUCCUGUCUGCCUUCCUAUGUUUACAGAGAGUGGGAUCUGGCAAAGGAAGCCUGGCGCUGUGGACAUUGUCCUGAUCAUAAUCUAGUUUAAAAAAAAAUUAUCAAUGAGUAUCAAAAGAACCAUGUCAUUGACAUUCUAUUUUUUGUAUAAUUUACCUGAAUCAAUUUCUUUUUACUUAUUAAUUAACAAAUGAAUUUCACUUCAUUAAAUGUCUUUAAAUUCAUGACUUAUUCAAUGAAUUGACAGAUCUAAAAAAUAAUUCCUUAUAAUUGUAAUUCAUUUAUUAAUUUACAAUAAUCAUCAUAAUUUUCCAUAUUUCAUAACCAUCACCAAUCCAUUCAUGUAAAAAACCAUCUCCGCGAUGCAUUUUUGUUUGUUCUGAAGCUAUGUAUACUUUAUCAAAAUGUUAUGAAGUGUCAGUAUUUAUUUCAUGUAUUUGAGUAUUUCUCCGAUUCCACAAAAAUU